CUGACUGACACUAUCGCUGACAGCUGAACACCGGGCUUGGAUGACACUGAUUGAAAUAAAAUCAAUAAUCAAAAUCAAAUAUGAAAUCGAUAUCGCAAUAUAUUGAAAAUUAAAUAUGGUUUGCGGAGACCAGCUUUAGGAUUGACUACAUCUAUAUUUGAUUUGUGAAUAUUACCAGCCUAUAAACUUAUCAUAAGAUUAUCCUGAUUCAACGAUGCAAAUCACUUUAAUUCUUUAAUUUAGAGUGACUUGUAUGAAAAAUGUCUCGAAACAAUUGGAAUAAACAUGAUCAAAGCUGGAAGAUUGACAAAAGCCAAAGACCUCCUGGUCUAAAGGGAAGAGAAAUCGGACUUUAUUAUAAAAACCUUAAGAAAGGGAAAAAGGAAGCUAAGAAGAAAAGUAAAAAUAUUCUGUCCCUGACAAUACCUCAGCCUGUGGUUACAUCAGUUAAGAGCAACUUAAGGCAGAUAUUAUUUAUAGCGAAAGAGCAAGAUAUUAAGCUACCAAAUAUUGUUACAACUCCAUUCUCUCAUAUUGCUACAAAGGAGAUAAAAACAGAAGUACCAGAUGAUACAGGAGAAGAGAAAAAUGAUGAAUUUAAGCUACCAGAUCCAGUUAAAAUUAAAACUGAACAAGAUUUAGAUGCAUUUAGCAACAAGCCGAGUACAUCAUCUCUACCUGAUUUUAUACCGAUCUACAGUGAAGAUGAUAUGGAAUUUGAGUGUAAUGACAAACAACUAUCACUAAGAACUUCAAAAUCUUAUAAAUAUGCAUAUGAAGAUAUUAUAACAGGAACAUUUGAUGAUAAGCUUACAGAGAGUUUAUCAAAGGGUAUAACAAUAAAUUUCAAUAAUGAACAUACCAGUAAUCUUAAUGUGUCCUUUCAAGAAGAAUAUAAAGAAAUGAUCACCAAAGAAAAAUACAAAACUUUCAUGAAAUUUCGUGAAACAUUACCAACAUAUAAGAAAUCUAAGGAAAUACUAGAUCUUAUUAACAAUAACCAAGUUAUUGUCAUAAGUGGUGAAACUGGCAGCGGAAAAUCAACACAGAUACCGCAACUUAUUUUAGAUGAAGCUAUAACAAAUGGCAAAGGUGCUAAUGUUAAGAUAAUGGUAACACAGCCGAGGAGAAUCGCUGCUUCAUCUCUCGCAAAUAGAGUUGCUCAGGAAAGGUGUGAUGUACUAGGAAAUUCUGUAGGGUACUCGGUAAGAUUGGAGAGAGUAGAAGAGAGACCUCGUGGCAGUAUCCAGUACUGUACCACAGGUGUGCUGCUGGUGGAACUAGAAGUACAUCAGGGUCUGACCAAUUGGAGCCAUAUUGUUCUAGAUGAAGUCCAUGAAAGGGACUGUCAUGUGGAUAUAUCUAUGUGCAUGUUGAAACAGGUUUUAAAAAGACGCCAAGAUUUGAAACUGAUUCUAAUGAGUGCUACUUUAGAUGCUGACACUUUAUCUCAAUAUUUUGACAACUGUCCAAUGAUGAAAAUAGAGGGGAUAGCUUACCCUGUUGAAGAUGUGUAUUUGGAAGAUAUUUUAGACAUGACAAAGUAUAAACUUCCAGAAAAACCGAAUAAACACAGGAACCAACCAAAGUAUAAGCGAUAUUUAAAAUCACAUAAACAAUCAGAUGAAAUGGAAAAGGAUAUAAAAUAUAAAGCGGAAAUUAUGAAUUGGUUAGAAUCAAAGAAGAGUGUGCUCGAUUACGAUGUUUACAAAACACUACAGGACUCGAGGAUAGAAGAAUUAGAUUUGAAUCUAGUGUUGGAACUUCUCAAGUAUAUCUGCAGGAAGGGUCCCGGAGCUGUGCUAAUAUUCCUAACUGGAAUUGGAGAUAUAUCUAAAUUCCUAAGAUUGAUGAAUGAAAGUAAUCAAUUCCCAAAGGAACGUUAUGAAAUAUACCCUCUACAUUCAAAACUACCUUCACUGGAUCAACAUAAGAUAUUUGAGCGACCACCAGAUAGUGUUCGGAAAAUAAUUGUGGCAACAAACAUAGCUGAAACAUCAAUAACUAUAGAUGAUAUUGUAUAUGUGAUUGAUGGUGGAAGAAUUAAACUGAAUGGUUUUGAUGUUGAAGAUAAAAUAUCGACGCUCCAGUUUGAAUGGGUUUCGCAAGCUAAUUUGCGACAAAGACGAGGUCGCGCGGGCCGCUGCCAGCCGGGCGUGUGCUACCACAUGAUGACGUCGUACCGCGCGGGCUCGCUGCCGGAGCGGCUGCUGCCGGAGCUGCAGCGCACCGACCUGCUGGAGGCGGUGCUGUCGGCCAAGCGGCUGCGGCUGGGCCGCGCGGCCGACGCCUUCGCCCUCAUGCCCUCGCCGCCCGCACACGCCACUGUACAGUGGGCUGUCAACCAUUUGCAACAAUGCGGCGCGCUGGACGCGCAGGAGCGCCUGACGCCGCUGGGCUGGCACGUGGCGCGGCUGCCGCUGCACCCCGCCGCCGGCAAGCUGCUGCUGCUCGCCGCGCUCUUCGGCUGCCUCGACCGCGCUGCCAGCCUCGCCGCGGUCUGGAGCUUCAAGGAUCCAUUCCAGCUAGUCAUUGGCAAAGAAGCGGAAGUGGAUGAGGUAAAACGUAGCUUCACGUUGGGUGAGCCGAGCGACCAUGUUGCGAUAUCAGAGGCUGUAUUACAAUGGGAACGCUGCCGGUCGCGGCAACAUAAACAUUCUUUCGCAUACUCCAAUUUCUUAUCGAACAAUACACUGGAAUUGUUAGCUGAUAUGAAGAAGCAGUUGGGCAAUAAUCUGAAGCAGAUGGGAUUCCUUGCUUCUGGUGAUGUAAAAUCUCGAUAUGAGAACAGAAACGCUAAUAAUAUGAGCUUGUUUAAAACUAUCGUUGCUGCAGCGCUUUAUCCUAAUAUAGCUACAGUUAGAUGGACCAAUAUUAAUUCACGUAUUCGACCCGCACGAAUUAAAGUAUAUACUCCUGAAGAAGGUAACAUAGCUCUGCAUCCCAGUAGUGUUAUGGCGUCGUCGAAAAACCCAAGGUCCAGCAAUAGACCGCUGUGCAACAAGCCAGGAGCUAACUGGCUUGUCUACUGGCUUAAACAGCGCUCCACCUCACGCUUUCUUCUAGAAGUUACAUUAAUAUAUACUCUACCUCUUCUAUUCUUCGGCGAGUUUGUAGUCAGCGAUGUUGAAGAAAAAAAACCAGACGAAUGUUGUUUUUCAAUAAAGUCAGUCAUAGUAAAGGUGAAAAACGAAUCCGCCGAUAUUCUGCACAAAUUGAGGUCGUUACUAGACUUAGUGUUAGCUCGCAAAGUUACAACAGACCAGUCUUCAUAUCACAGUAGAUUCGAAGAGGAAGUAAUUAAUGCUGUCAUCGAUCUUAUAACAGCAGAAGAUGAAGGUGUCGAGUAUAUGGAUGCCGAUAAUUCGGAGUCUGACUCCGAAGACUCGUUUAGAAGUAGAAGAUACUAAAUACAUUUUUUUUUAUUUGUAUU